AUGCAGCGGCUGUUGCACUCGUCGGCGCCGCUGUCGGCGCCGCCAAACAAGGCCUCGCUCGGCAAGCUGCGGAAAAAGAGCGGCGACACGUGGUAUCGUGAGGACUGCGAAGAAAUUGCUGCCGAUGGCCGUCGGUCAGCGAAUUCCCCUGGUACCACCAGGUUUGACUGGUGGGCCGUGGAAAGAAUUUUGGCAGGGUGCAGGAGGUGCUGUCGUCCCAGGUCGACAUCGGAAAGGUACCUGUUGCGUGAGGAGCUUGCAGACCUGACGAAGGUUGGCAGAAGCAGGAGGUGCGGAGUAAAUGGUACCCUGAGCAGCGACUCGCAGGUGAAGGCGGAGCAGCAGCACCGCGCGGCGGCUCCACCUCGUCCUCCGAGAGGUCGCCUUCGAGCGUUGAGCGGCCGCAAGUCGCGCUCUCGUGGACCCUGUGAGCAUCCACCUAAUGUCUGCGGCGCCGGCUGGCAUGCACACAUACCUCCGGCGACGGCGCCGUUUCUCGCCAAGUGGCGCCGCGCCCACGAGCAGCUUGCGGGCCCGCCCGGCGCACCAAGCGGCCCACGUCGCUACUGCUGGCCGCCGGCGGCCAACAGGCCCAAGUACUCGAGCACCGAGUCGAUGGCCACGAGCAGCAGCAUGUCCAAAUGUCCAGCAUUGACUCGCCGCGCAGCUCCACCACCACCUCCGCUAGCAGACGCAGCGACUCGCUCAGCUCGCACUCGUCCGGCCGACUCUGGCGGCGACCUCCGGAGGGCCGUGACUGGGCGGUGUCCACCCCUCGGCCUGCUCUCCAACGAACUGCCCAUUUCGGACAAGUCGCACGAGCCAGCCUCCGAAACCUCGGACAAUAACAGAAAGUGGCAGAAAAGGCGUCGCCGGAGGGGAGGAAGCGGCCGCGACGCCGGUGGCGACACACGAGCUGCCGUGGGACAUGCCGAAAGACAGUAAAAAUUGAACGUGAACCUGGGCUGCUCCGCCCUGAGCGCCAGGGGCGACGACGUCGACGUCAGCAUCCCCCUCGAGCGGCAAGGGUGGCCAUCACGCGCGUCGAGGCUGAGGUCGAACUGCGACUGCACCCUGAGGGCAGCUAACUCGUCAGGAACGGCGACCAAUCCCGAUUAAGGCAAUUGUUUAAUCAGUAAAUAAUGGCCUCCAUUAUUCGGGCGAGAUGCUGGCCAAAAAAGGUGUCCUCUGGUCCGGCGGAGACCCCAACGACGGCGAAAAAGGGCAAAAACGUGUGCGUCCACGUCAAGAACCAGGCCGACGAGAAGCUGAGGGACGAGAGCUGACGCUCCGACAACCACCGCUUCAUUUGUUAACUGCCUCAAUACUUUUAGGCUAAAAUCAACAAUAAAAUCGAUAAUAUCUCACGAUAAUUACUGUUAUUCAUUUUUUUGUUUUAAAAUAAAUGUUUUAUUUGUUUAAAUAAU